AUGUCUGCUGUCGAACAGAAGCAAGUCGCCGUUACACCAUCCUCCGAGUCUCUUCUCAAUGACAAGUGGGACGUCGUUAUCUCCAACACUCUGGUCAAAACCGGUCUAGGCUUUGGCUUUGGCGUUGUUGCAUCUGUUCUGUUUUUCCGACGAAGAGCAUGGCCCGUCUGGCUUGGUGUCGGUUUCGGCGCUGGCAGAGGUUACGCUGAGGGUGAUGCCAUUUUCCGGGACACCAAGGCUGGCGUGAGAACCGUCAAGGCCUAA